AAUUUUUUUUUCUUGGUGCUCCUCUAAUGGAGUGGAUUAGAGGACCUGUCAUAGGCCAUGGCGCCACCGCCACCGUAUCGAUAGCCACUGCCAUCCCUUCCGGCGAGCUUUUCGCCGUUAAGUCCACCGAGUUAUGCCACUCAAUGUUCUUACAAAGAGAGAAUUAUUUCUUGUCCAAAUUAAGCUGUCCUCAUAUUGUUAAGUACAUAGGCUAUGAUGUUACAAAUGAAACAAAUAACAAGCGUAUGUACAAUCUUUGCAUGGAGUAUGUCCCCGGCGGCACUCUUUUUGAGGAAAUUCAGAGGGUUGGAGGAAGAUUGGAUGAAGAGAAAGUUAGAUUGUAUAGUCAACAGAUUUUACAAGGCUUGAAUUAUCUUCAUGUUAAUGGAAUGGUACACUGUGACAUCAAGAGCCAAAAUAUUUUGAUAGGUGAAGAAGGUGCAAAGAUUGCUGAUCUUGGUUAUGCUAAAUUGAUGGGAAAAGUUAGUCUUAAUGAAGGUUUUGGCACGUCAGCAUUUUCCGGUACACCGGUUUUCAUGGCACCGGAGGUGGCACGUGGGGAGGAACAGGGUUUUGAAGCUGAUAUAUGGGCUCUUGGAUGUACAAUUAUAGAGAUGAGUACUGGGAAUUCUCCAUGGCCAGAGCUGAAUGAUCCAGUGUCAGCUCUUUAUAAGAUUGGAUUUUCAGGUGAUUUACCUGAGAUUCCAAAGUGGUUAUCUGAGAAAGGUAAGGAUUUUCUGGGAAAGUGUUUAAGGAGGGAUGCAAAAGAGAGAUGGACAGCUAAAGAAUUGCUUCAACAUCCAUUUAUGGAAGAAUUAAACACCCAUUUGAAAGGCCCGCAAAGGCAGUCUGCCAUGAAUUCUCCAAGUUGUGUGUUGGAUAAAGGUUUUCUGGGAUUCAAUUCGAUGCGGUGGAAAGUCCUAAGAUAUUGA